AUGCUGAACGGGCAGCCGUUCAAAGUUGUCGAGUUCCAACACGUCCACCCGGGUCGAGGCGCCUCUUUCUGCCGCACGAAAGUCCGCAACUACUUAAACGGCAACACCAAAGAAGAGACGUUCAGAAACGGCACCACGUUUGAGGUUCCGGACAUCACCAACCUCCAGAUGCAAUACACGUACAAAGACGAAGACCAAUACGUGUUCAUGGACAUGGACACGUUCGAGGAGUGCCGAUGCCCGUCGGGAGAUUUUGAGAAGUUCAUCACCGAAGGCAUGACGUGCUCAGUGUUGCAGUGGGACGGGAAAGUAAUCGGUGUGGAACCGCCGGAGAAAGUGACGUUGGAAGUGACGAUGACCGAUCCCGGGUUGAAAGGGAACACGGCUUCCGGAGGAGAUAAACCCGCGACGUUGGAAACGGGCUUGACGGUGACCGUGCCUUUGUUCGUGAACAUCGGCGAUAGAGUCGUCGUGAACACCGCCAACGGUGGAGAGUACAAGGAAAGGGCGAAGUAA